AUGUAUCGGCCGGGACUCGUGGACGCAAACUUCCGCGACCACGGCUCGGCUGUGGACUUUAUGGGUCUAAAUGGCGUUGUGCUGGUGCAUUCUCGGAGGGAAACCAAAGACACUCGGAGAGAGUGGGAGCUCCGGACGCGGCUCCAUCUCGGGGCUUUCACCUUCCGCUGGAUGAAGCCAAGGCGGUGGGAACCGCAGCAUCCGCCACAGAGGCCGCCACCAUUUCCGGUGUUCGAUACUUUUUCGCUCGCCUCUUUAAUACAAACAGACUGUCCUGACUCCGAAGUA